AUGACUAGUCGGUUACCUCAUCCUCCACCUAUACAACUUCAAACUUCAAACUCGCUGUCUAACCUCUUACCCAGUUCACCAAGAGGUGGUGGUGCAAGCAGCAGCGGUAGUAGUAACAAUGGUAGUUCACAAUCGCCAUCAGGCUACAAUACAAUAUCUUCAUCUUCAUCGUCACCUUAUAAUGUGAAUGUAAUCAAUACUAGUCCUAGAGGAGGAGGAAAUAAUAAUAGUAGCAUUAACAAUAACAAUAGUACUAAACCAGUAUUGGCUGCUUCCAACACUUCAACCUCAUCGACAACUUCCAACAUGUCACUCAAUACAUCGAUAAACAAUGCAACUACCAAUUCAGCUGAGGAAAAGUUGGACAAACUAAAGGAUAUCACUACAAAGACAAUCGACCAGAUCAUCCUAAAGAUAUCAGAGAUGAAACGAGAAAAGAACUUUCUUCAAUCGUUUAAAGAUAUUAUGAAGAUAUCAGAGAAUCUAGUAGAGAUUGAAAGAAUUCUUGAACCAAUUAAUCAAACUCCAUUUGGUAGUAGUAAUGGCAAUGGUGUUGGUAAUACUAGUAAUAGUGGUAGUGCUAGUAUAGCUUCAUCUCCAUCUUCAUCUUCUACAUCUCUUGCAACUACAAAUAAUAUUAAUAAUAAUAAUAAUAAUAAUAAUAGUAAUGAACCAAAUGGUAGUGGAGGUGCAGAUACUGCAGCUGAAUUAAUUAAACUUGUACAUUCUAAAUCAAAUCUAACUAAACGUGGAUCAAGAGAAAGAUCAACAAAUAGUAUUGAUUCAUUACAUGGUAUUCUUCAACAAUCACUUGAUCAUAUUAAAGGAAAGGUAUUGGUUAUGAAGAAACAAUUGGUGUUUGAGACGUCGGUACAAGUAGCCAUCAAGUAUGGAGAGAUUAUUAGAAAUAUUAGAAACCAAUUGAAUUCAUUUAGAACAUUAUCCUUGCCAGAGAAUGUAGUACUUUGUGAUGGUGAAAAGAUUUAUCUCAAAUCAGAGUGUAGAUAUCAUAUCUAUGAUUCUUCAUCUUCUUCAACUACUUCCUCAUCAUCUUCAUCAUCAUCUGGAAAUAAUAGUCGUGAAAAUAGUCUUGGUCAUUCUCCACAAUCAACAACUACAUCUACCUCUACAUCGACAAUGAAAAAGUCAACAAAUGGUGUUAGUGGUAAUAAUAAUUCAAAAGAUGGAGCAAAUGAUUUAAAUGAACAGCAACAACAAGAGGAAUAUAUCAAUGGAACUAUUUAUAUUACGAAUUAUCAAGCCAUUUUUAUUGGGUUGUUCCAGAAUCAAUGCUUUAGAAAAUCAUUUAGUAUGCAUUCCAUUGCUAAAAUGUCAAAGAGUGGAAAGAAAAAGGGAGUUGGAGAGUCAUCGUAUCGUCUCAAUUUCCUGUUAAAGGAUGCGCGAUCAUUGUCAUUUUCAUUUGACAAGCGUGCGACGACACUCAAGGAUGUGAGAGGGUGUAUCGAGAAUGUGUUGGAGCCAAGUCUUGGCGCAACGAGAGUGGCUCAGCUUUGGCCACAAGUUUGCGCAGCGGUGCGGACAGGUCAACGGCAAGGAGGAAGACGAGCGCGCACCCAUCUUUAUCCAGUUCCUCGAAGCUGUCUACCAGAUACUCGUGCAGUUCCCCUCCAAGAACGUAUCCAGACACACAGCUAUGGCAAGACUAUCAGUUUGUGGCUCGAGAUUGACCAGAAUCUGGCCGAUCACAUCAAUCCACUCUACGCGAUUGCUGUUGCCAAUGGUAAUGACUUUGGUCUCUCUGCAUCAACUGCAUCAGCUGCAUCCUCCUCUGCCAACAACAACAAUGACAAGGAAGUGUUGAUUCCAGACUGCUCGCUGAAACGAUUCAGAAUUUGGAGACAAGUCUAUGCCAAUCAAAUCUCGGAUCUCGACUAUUACGAGCCCGAUGAAAAGUUGAUUCGUUGUGCUUUUGAGCGCCAGAUUGACGACCGCGCAUCAGCCAUCAAACUCCAAAGACCACUUGUCCCCUACCGCAGCCAUACUGCCUCUAUUUCCAUGCGUCGUCCUUCCAACAUUUCUCAACAAAACCUCCCCAUCUUUUCUUCGCAACAAAAUGGAUCACUCAACAAGAAACCACUCGAGGAUUUGGAUAAUAAUCUAAUCAUUGAUAAUGUAAAAGACGAUAAAAAGAAAAUACCUCUUCCAUCUACACCAUCUCUAAGUAGUUUAAUUAACAAGGAUAAAGAAACUUCUCCAACCAAACAACAACAACAACAACAGCAAUCACCAGAUAUAUCACAACCACAAUCACAAUCAUCGUCGUCGUCAUCUGCCACAAACUCACCUUCAAAAUCAUCGCCAUCAAAACCUAUAGUCAAUAGAUUAAAUAAGGAAAUGGGUAAAAAGAAAACAAACAAAUUGGUUGUAACGAUGGACCAACAAGAGGAAGAUCAAAAUACUACUACAACAGCAACAUCAUCGACCACCAAAGUUGAUCAAGUCAAUAACGAUAACAAUGGUGGUGGUGACAGCGAUGGCAACGACGACGACAAGGUAGAGAGCAAGGGUAAAAUGAUUCAAAGACACAAGGCUGAACAAAAAGAAUUACAAAAAAAGAUACAACAACUCAAUAGAGAAGGAGGAAAGAAGGAUAAGAAAGCAAAAGAUGAACUUGCUAAAAAGAUAACGACACUGGAAGAAGAAUUGAAUAACAAACAAGCACAAGAACUUAAAGCAUAUGAGAAAAAGGAAAAAGAAAGCGAGAUUGAUCUCAAUCAAUUGAUCCUCAAUCAACAAACUAAAGGACCUUCAAAAGCAUACUUGAAAAAGGCAAAGAGACAAGCCGAUGAAGAGGAACGUAUGAGACAAUUGGAAGAAGAAAAGAAGAAAUAUGUAUCAAAGAGUAUAACAGAGUUUGAAGACUUUGCAAAGAAACUUAGACCACUUUCAAAAUCUAUUAAACAUAUUAAAUCAGAUGGAGAUUGUUUAUAUAAUUCACUUUCAAAUCAAUUAUUGAUUAAUGGUAAAAUAACUGAAUUUGAUUCAUAUACCUAUUCAAGAAAAUUAAGACAAAUGGCAGCUGAUUAUAUUACAGCCAACGCAGAGGAAUUUAAACCAUUUAUCAUGGGAGAAGAGGAUUUCUCAGAUUCAGAGGACCCAGUCACCGAAUAUUGUCAAUUGUCAGUACUCAAAACUGGUGAAUGGGGUGGACAUAUUGAACUUAGGGCUCUUUCCAGUGCUCUUAAAGCACGUAUUGUCAUUUAUCAUGCCUAUGCUCCAGAUGUAAUCAUUGGUGAAGAGUUUUCUGAAGACUCUUCUUUUUAUCUAUCCUAUCAUAUGCAUGCUUUUACACUUGGUGCUCAUUAUAAUAGUGUAAUUCCAUCGACCAUUUAA